CGCAGAACGACUUAAAUACACUGCAGCAUCCAGCAGGUUCUGUCUCUCUGCAUCUCGUUCUCCUGCGCCUGCUCGCUUCUCUCUCUCUCUCUCCAUCAAGCGUGUGUGCAUCCGUCUGUCCCAGCAGAGAACCAGUUUUCCUCUCGUAUCAUCUGAAGCUUUCAGCACACCGACAAACAAUCUCACCCUCUGCAAACCCAGCCAGGCCCCGUCUAUCUACAGAGCAUCGUCUACUCGCCCAGCAUCCAGGAUGGAUGUUUUCAUGAAGGGAUUCUCCAUGGCCAAAGAAGGAGUGGUUGCCGCUGCAGAGAAGACCAAAGCUGGGGUUGAAGAAGCAGCUCUUAGGACCAAAGAAGGUGUCAUGUAUGUAGGCAACAAGACGAUGGAGGGGGUGGUGUCAGGCGUAAACACAGUGUCCCAUAAGACCACCGACCAGGCGAACAUUGUGGGUGAGACAGCGGUGGGCAGCACUAAUGAACUGGGACAGCAAACAGUAGAGGGACUGGAGAAUGUGGGUGCAUCCACUGGCACGGUCAACCCGGAUGAGGCUUUAUAUGAGGGUGACUAUGGGGGUAUGGAAGGAGGAGAUGGUGGAGAGGGUUAUUAGUCCAGAGAUGUGAUGGUGGAAAUGCUACCCUCUCUUCCCUCUGACCUCCCACCUCUGAGUUUCUGCUCCAGUCUCCGACCCCAGAUGUGACCGAUAUUUUUUUGUGACUGUAUGGAAAACCAGAAUUGACAAAGACUAUCCCCGAGCCCCGUAGCCUUUAGAUGUGUGACGCUUCCCCUCUUGGCCAGCUGUUCGUCUGUGGUGUCGUCAUGCUGUCCAUGUGUUAUUCCCCCAUUCCUCCGGCCCAUGCCACAUCUACUGAACAAACAUACACUCUCACCCCUUUCACAAAAUAUGGAAAUGUGAAGCUCAGAGGCUUAUGUCAGAGGUUGACAUGGUCUUUAAGGAGCAUUGUUGAAAAAAAAAUAAGAUAACCGCAUGACCAGUAAUGUAAGAAAAGCAAUACAUCUCAUUUCAUCAGGGCAUGUAGCAAUGUGCGUCUGGAUCUGUGAGAUCACGGCCAUGUUUAUAUUUAUUUCGUAUUGAAAAUGCUGCAAUGUACACAGUGAUGACAAGUGUGUACAUUAAGAGAUACAUUACAUUCCUUUAGUUCUGUAUGUGUGAAGGUAUAGAUUUACUUGUGUGCUUGACCAAUAGACCUACUGUGUGAUUUGUUAGAGUAUUCUAAGAAUAAAUAUGUUUAUUCACAAAAUGUGAGCGCAUACUGUAUACAAAAAAAAACGAUUAUCUGUAUUGAUGUAGCAGUGCUAGAUUUGCUUCUUUUCAUUAGCUUGUCUUUCACACUUGAGAUUCGGUCGCAGGGGAUUGGGAUUAUGAGAGAUUUAGAGACCUGUUGUAUCUGUUGAGUGGGUCAUUGGAGCCUCCAGGUGCUACGAGAGGAAGAAAUUAGUCAAGCCCAAUAAGUGGAAAGAGAUCAAACGCUCAAACACACGCAUCUCUGUUUUGUCCUGAUUUUGUUGCAAUGCAUGCGAAGUCGGUGUGCAACCAUAAAUUUAGUAUAGUACCACUGCAGUUUGUCGUUCUGGAGCACUGUGCUGUGCUGAUGUUAGGCGCAAUGUUUUAUUGAGGAAAUGCUAAGAAGUGUAGAUCCUUGCUUAAGACGAGCAUCAUCUUCAUCAAGUCUUUAGCCCCUCCCACUUGUCAUCUUGGCCAUCCUCAUUCGUCAUUCAAUAGUGUGUUUAAAUUCAUCCCAAGGCUUGUAUCUGUUGAAGGUACUAGGACAAAGCUAUCAAACAUUGUAGUUUGUUUUUAUUUUGAAGCCACAAGAGCUCUGACUGCAUGUUGCCUUAUUAGCGCUCCUAUAUUCACACAAACACACACACAAACACUCUUCUUUCUAAAGCCUCUCUUGCUCUCUUUCUCUUUAUCUCUCUAUCUGACUGACACACACACACACACAUACACACACGUCCCACAUAUGUUUUAAGUUGGCAUCAAAGCAGACAAGCUGAUUUUAUAAACUGUACAUGUGAAAUAAAGAGUUUUGUUGAAAUGUA